AUGAAUAGCCGUGAACGCAUUCGUAUUUUCAAAGAAGACAGAAAAGGUUCUUUAAAUGCGAACCAGGUUUUGAGAAGACUUUCAGUGUUGUGUGAAGGCAGACAAUAUCUUGAAGCUGCACACUUAGUUAAUCGACUCGGAUCUUCAGCAUUAUGUGUGGUUGCAACGGAAAUGCCAUUGGACUUGUUGGCAGAAGCCUUGCCUUACAGUUCAACUUUAUUGGAAUGCUUGUUUACCAAAUUGAAUGGAUUGCUAAUUGGAUCAAAACCGAAUGUACAUGUUGAUCGAAUCAUUUGGCAUCUUGUGAAACUUUUCGGUAGUCCAUGCGAUUAUUCACUAAUCAGAAGAUGUGAGAAACUUAUUGGUCUCAUUGGGAUAUGGAAGCCCGAAAUGAAAGCAAUGUUGAAGGAACGAGAAGGUUCCUUUGAGAGUGCUAUUCAAGGAUUAGGACUUCAUGGAUUGACUCAUAUUACAAAUGAAAAUGGAAAAUUUAUUUCAUUACGCUCAGCAUUGAGACGUGAACUUCAAUUUCAUAUUGACACUUAUAAGCUUGCAAUCAACGUGAUUGAUGAAACGGAAACGUCUGCUGAUUCAGAUCCCGCACAAGCGUCUCAUCAAAGACUAUUAGCAUUCAAAUAUGACGAUAUUCAAAAACGCUUGAUUGACAAUAAAAUUCUUCUCACAAAACUUGAAGUUCCAGGAUUAAAGCAAUUACAUAAUUUGCUUGAUAAUUUAAGAGAACGAGUUGAGAAAGAUAAAGAAGUGUUGAUUUGCGUUAAUCAAGUGAAGAAUAGAGAUCGUGAUGUUGAUCUUAAAGAAUGGCCCGCAGCGAAGGUAAUCAUGGAUUUCUCUCGAGGUUGCAAGUCGGUUAUGUCUCUAAUGAAUAAUGAAGAUUCCAGUGAAAGUGUUGAAGAUGCCGGUAGUGCAAGUGAUGGAUAUCAUUCCGAAACAGAAUCAGACGAAAGAAAAAUUCUUAUUGAAGAAUAUCACGCUUUAUACAAAUCAUCGCGAAUAGAAACACUGAAAGCAUUAAACGAGUCACAACAGAUUGAAAUUGCCGAGUCUGUAAAAUUAAAAAUUUUAUUCUCUGUAGUUGUCCUCGCGUUUAGAUCGUGCCAUAGUUUGAAGGAAAAAAAACUUUUGGAGGUAAGACGAACGCUUAAUGUUUUAGACAGGCCUGGAAACUUUAAUGACGCAAUCAUUUCACUUGAAACUUCGGUGAAAAACUUUUUGCUAUCUACGUGCGAAGCCUUUCCAUUAGAGGAUGUAGAAAUAUCUGUGGCUAAUCAAAUUUACACAACACUUCAUGGAUAUUCUUGUAUCAAUCAACUUCUGAUUAUUCUGAAGCACUUCAUCAAGAAAUCUGUGAGACUUGCUUGGAAAUUAUGCAAUCAACCUUCACCAUUUUAUCUCGACACAGAUUUCACCCUCAGUACAAUCAACCUAAAGAAACACGCGAGAUCGUCAACAUCAAAUCAAAAGUCGACAAUAAUUCAAUAUUUCUUAUGGCCAGCACUCUUCAGAAGCAAUGAAUGUCUGUCGAAAGCUGUUGUCGUAACUUGAGAAAUGUUUUCCAUCAAUUCAUAAUAAUCAAUUAAGAAAAUGGAAAACUUUUUCCAUUACUUAUACAUACAAUGUUGGAUUAAGCAAAAACUUUUCAUACAUGUUCAUUUUGUACUUUGUCAAAUAUACGUAGCAACAUGCAAAAGUUAAAAUAUGUUCAAAUUGAAUAUGCUGUCUCUAUGCGACAAAGCAAAUGUUCAUAUGUUAUGUAUUUUAAAACUUUUCGCAAUUAAAUUUCAUGAAUAGACUUUGGAUAAAUACAUUUGGAAGUAUCAUUGUUAUAAACUGAAUAACUUUGUCUAGUGAAACAAUUUUAAGAUAAUAAUUAAUUUCAUCAUUCUAAAUUCAUCUAUCAUGACAAUAACUUAAUUCAUGUAUUGCGCUUUUAUUUGUUUUGA